GCUGCAACAAAUCAUAACAAAAUCAGAUAUCGCACUAGCUCUGCAACAACGAACUAUACCAAAAUCGAAGGGGAAGAAGGCUCAUCACCACCGUCGAAAACGACCUGCACCCACCGCCACCGCCACCGCCGCCGCCGCCGCCGGCCGGCCAAGGCCAACCACGCAACCCGCCGUGGCCGCGACGCUCCACUUCCCCCCUGACUCCGUCCUCCCACCCGCCCAACCAACCGACCGACCAACCGAGUGAACAAGUGACCAACCACCACCACCACCACCAUCGCCACCACCGUCUUCGAUCUCUCUCCGCCUCUCCGGCAUCUCUUCACGGCGGCGGAGGAGGAGGGAGCAGCGACGAUGGCCGUGCCCACCUCCGACCAGCGCAAGCGGCGGCCCUUCCUCCUCUCGCUGUCGCUCUUCCUCCUCGUCUCCGCGCUCCUCGCCCUCGCCUUCCUCUUCCUCGACCCCUCCGCGCAAUCCCUCUCCGUCCUCUCCUCCCGCCUCACCGCCCCUACUACGACGCUCGCGCCUCCCGCGGUCGUCGCCGGCGGCGCCGAAGCCGGGGAGAGCGCCGACGCAACCGAAAAAGCCGAAGAGACCGCAUCGCGACCAGACGACACCGCCGCCGCCGUCAACGCCGACGCUGCAGCAGGGGAAGGUGGUGGAAGUAGCGAGUCGCCACGGCUCGAUGCGGAUAAGGGCGCCGCCGCCACGGAGGGAGUGGCGGAUGACGACGGCGGCGGUGGCGGGGACGAGCCGGCGGCGAAGGUGAGGUGGGAGACUUGCAGGCCGGGGAGAGGGGUGUCGUCGGCGGACUACAUCCCGUGCCUCGACAACAUGAGGGCGAUCAAGGCGCUGCGCUCGAGGCGCCACAUGGAGCACCGGGAGCGCCACUGCCCCGUGGCGCCGCGGCCCAGGUGCCUGGUGCGGGUGCCCUCCGGGUACCGGUCGCCCGUGCCGUGGCCGCGCAGCCGUGACAUGAUUUGGUACAACAAUGUUCCUCACCCUAAAUUGGUGGAGUAUAAGAAGGACCAAAACUGGGUAACAAAAUCUGGUGACUAUCUUGUCUUCCCUGGAGGUGGAACUCAAUUCAAAACUGGCGUUACAAGAUACAUUCAGUUUAUUGAACAGACUUUGAGGGGGCUAAACACAAAGGCUAUGCUUGCAUUGACUCUGUUGGGGUUCGGUAAUUUGAAUAUAAUGCCCACCAUUCAAUGGGGAACACACACAAAAACUGUCCUGGAUGUUGGAUGUGGUGUUGCCAGCUUUGGUGGAUACUUGCUUGACAGGAACGUCAUUACCAUGUCAUUUGCCCCAAAGGAUGAGCAUGAAGCUCAGAUACAGUUUGCAUUAGAACGUGGUAUUCCAGCAUUUCUAGCUGUUAUUGGAACACAAAAACUUCCUUUCCCUGAUGAGGCAUUUGAUGUUGUCCACUGUGCAAGGUGCAGGGUCCAUUGGUAUGCGAAUGGUGGAAAACCAUUGUUGGAGCUUAACAGAGUUCUCAGGCCUGGAGGAUAUUACAUUUGGUCUGCAACCCCUGUCUACCGUCAAGAAAAAAGAGAUCAAGAUGACUGGAAUGCAAUGGUUAAACUUACCAAAUCAAUCUGUUGGAGAACAGUGGUAAAAUCUGAAGAUAGUAAUGGAAUUGGUGUUGUCGUAUAUCAAAAACCAGCAUCAAACUCUUGCUACCUGGAGAGAAGGACAAAUGAACCCCCUAUGUGUUCUAAGAAAGAUGGGCCCCGUUUUCCUUGGUACGCUCCUCUUGAUACAUGCAUUUCCAGUUCAAUUGAAAAGAGCAGCUGGCCCCUUCCUUGGCCUGAAAGACUUAAUGCCAGAUAUCUAAAUGUGCCUGAUGAUUCUUCAAGUACCGACGAGAAGUUUGAUGUUGAUACGAAGUAUUGGAAACAUGCCAUUUCAGAAAUAUACUAUAAUGAUUUUCCAGUUAAUUGGUCAUCCACCCGCAAUGUAAUGGACAUGAAUGCUGGUUAUGGAGGUUUUGCAGCAGCACUUGUUGAUAAACCAUUAUGGGUAAUGAAUGUUGUUCCGGUCGGUCAGCCCGAUACUUUGCCAGUUAUUUUCAACAGAGGCCUUAUUGGGGUAUAUCAUGAUUGGUGUGAAUCUUUCAACACGUACCCACGGACCUAUGAUCUCCUUCACAUGAGCUAUCUUCUUGGAAGUCUUACAAAUAGGUGUGACAUCAUGGAGGUAGCAGCUGAAAUAGACAGGAUAUUGAGACCUGACAGAUGGUUUGUGUUGAGAGACACCACAGAAAUGAUAAAAAAGAUGCGGCCAGUUCUCAAGUCCCUGCACUACGAAACUGUAGUUGUCAAACAGCAAUUUCUUGUUGCUAAAAAGGGUUUCUGGCGUUCUGGCAAGUGAGCCUCCUGAUCAGAAUGACGCUCAAAUGUUUUCAGGGUAGUCAUCAACAGCAAACAAUUCAAUUGAUUCUUUACAUCCCUAUUGAUUAGUUCUUUAUACAGAAGACAGAGUUUGAUCAAACCAAGGAUUAGGCAUGUUGAUUCUACAAAAUACUUAUACAGAACAGUUAGUUCGACAAAAAUACAUAUACACAUCUUGUUUAUGGGGGGCCAUUACAGUAAUAGGCUUAGGCUAGUCCACUAGUGCUCACAAGUUUGUAAUCAUAUUAUUAUUCUUUUACAUUCAGAAACAGAUACUUUUCAGGAAAACAUUAUGCUCUUUCACGAAUACAUCCUCUGUCCAAAAAAAAUCAAA